AUGAGUGGAUCAAUUUCAUCUUCAGAUUCAGAAGAAACAUCGUUUGUUUUAACAGAAUAAGAGAGAAUUUUAAAGAGUUCAAACAUAUUUAAACAGAAAGAACAAAGUAAUAACUAAUGUGCCAAGCAUCCAAAUAAAAAAGCAAAAUACUAUGUAUAAUGUGAUAAAACUAAAUAAUUUUGUUCUAAAUGCGCAUUAACUUUAGCUUUGAAAGGAUUAAAAAUUGAGGAGACAUAAGAGAAUUAGCAUGAAGUUCUGAGAUAGCAACGGAUACAUCGCUUUUAAGAACUAUUGUAACAAAUAAUGGAAUAAUGCAUAUAUAAAUCCUAGGAAUUUAAUAACAUAGAGGCAAUAUCAAGUAAAUAACUUCAGGAACAUCAGGAAAGUUGUUAAUAAUUCUUUGAUUCUGUUAUUUAGACUGCAAAUUAAUUAAAAUAAACUUACUUAUAGAAGUUCCAAAAUGAUCAUCAUAUGUUACUAAACUCUAUUCAAUUAAAAGCUACUUAAAUUAAGUAGAUUGAUGCACAAAUAAAGUAAUUCUAGAUAGAUAUCGAAAAAAAUCAUGACAACAUUGUUAAGAAAAUGGAUAUGAAACCUUUUGAAGACAUCAUGAGUCGAUAUGAAAAGAGAGUUCUUCAGACAAAAGAAUAAUUGUCUGAAUGCACUUAGGAAUUUUAAGCCAAACCUAUUAAAUUUGAACAAAGUCAGAUUUUGGCAGAUAUGAAUAAAAUGUGUUACAAUCUGUUAUUAUUAAAGAGUGAUGAUUCAUCGACCUCAGAUAGUCGUUCUUUAUAAAUCAAGUUGGAAAAUAGUCCAAAGAUCAGAUAGAAUACUAAUAAUUCUCCUGUAGAUAUGAAAGUGUUUGAGAUGUUAGAGGGAGAAGAUAUAUAUUAGAGUACCUAUUCUAAUCCAAUCAAGGAUCAUACACAAUCUCCAAUUAGAAUUCUGUAAUAGCAAUAAUAGUAAUCAUAAAUGUAGAAAUCGAAAUCAAAUACUUAUUCGAAUCCAACAUCCACCAUAUAAAACUCCAGAAGAGAAAGUAGAACAAAUACACCCGAGAGCUGGCAAUAAACAACUUACAAUCAAAAAAAUAAUCCUUUAAUUACUCCAAAUGAAAGAGAAAGCUAUAAACAUAAUAUUAGUGUUGGAGAAUAAUUGAAUUCAUAAAAAUGCUUAAACAAAUAAUUGGAAAUUAAUGAAAAAUAUUAUGUCUAAAAAAACGAAAAAUAAAAAACCUCUUCUGAAUUUGAUAAAAUUAAUGAAUAAAAUAAUUAGCAGUUAAUAAAUAAUUUAAGCUAGUUGUACAUGUAAAAAAAUAAUAAGGAUACAGAUAGGAAAAGUUUUGAAGAUGGAUAAUAAUUAACACCUAAACAUUAGAAAAAUAUGACUACUUCAGGUCCUCAAACCUUUAAGCUCAUUACUAAUCAUGCUAGUCAAAGAUCUUAAUACUAGUACCCUUAAGUGAACAAUAAUUUAUUUGAACAAAAAAGUUAAAAAGAAUUUUCCAAAACCAAUUAUGAUUCUUUGCCUAACCAAAAAUCAUUAACUCCACUUCACUAAGAACCUUAAUCGAGAAAUAAUUAAUAAUUAAAUUUAAAAAUUGAUAACCAUUAAAAUAGGAGAUCCAAUUCCAAACAAGCAAAAUAGCCUUCUUUUGAUUAAAUAGAGGGUAAAAGGUAGUUCAUCAUGGCUAACAUUAAUUCUUAACAAUAUACUUCAUAACCUAGUUAACAUGUUGCAAAUGAAGACACUUUAAAAGAUAGAAUUCUUAAAGAAUUAUGUAGCCAUCCUAGUGAAUCUAUAUAUAGUUAGGUCUUAAAAUUGAAUAGUUAACAAAAAUUAAAAAAUCAAAAGUUAAUCUCAAAAGAGAAUGCUGAACAAUCAACCACAGUUAGAAAUAAAAACAACAAUGGAUUUUUAUGUGUUAAAAAAUAAUCUUAUCAAUAAUGA